AACAGAUUAACAGAGCCUAGGUCUUCCCCAACUCAGCAAACAUGGCAGAGAAGAAGCGAAAGGAGAGAGGCGACGCCAACCGUCACACCGGAAAAAAGAAGUCGAAGAGGACUUCCGACAAUCAACGGAAGAAAACCUGUCCUCGAUUGCCUUCAUCAUUGAAAAAAGAGAUCGAACACUUAAACCCUACCCCCGUCGAUGUCAAUGAAAUCGACAGCGACGUUUACGAAUACGAAGAAGAACUACCCGAGGAAGAGUCCAGCAAGAAUAAACGUUACGACCCUGUAUCUGUCAAUGAUAAUAACGACCUUUCUUCUGAUUUUGAGGAUGUGAAUGUACAAUCUGAUGAUGACGGCAACAAUAUUAUUGGAAUUAAGAGGAAUGAAAUUGUUUCUGAUGAUGAUUCUCGGGAGGAAGAUGAUGGGAGACAUGAAAGGAUGGUAAAACUAAAUAUCCGUCUGCUCAGGCUGAGGGAGCCUUUUGAUGAGUCUGAAUAUAAUUCUAGUCAUGAUGUUGUGGAAGGUGAUGGACAUAUUAGUAUUGAGGAUCUCCUUAAUACUCUUCAAGACGCUCCUGAACAUUCAAGACUUCGGUUAAGAAAUCAACAAAUUGAGAAUAGUUCUAGAACUGUUCAUGCACCACUUCCAAAGGCAGAUCAAGCAAAGGUAGAAAGGAAGGUGGCGUAUGAAAUAUCAAAGAAACAAGUCACAAGGUGGCAAUCCAUUAUUCAGAGAAAUAGGGAGGCUCUUACUGUGUACUUUGAUGAAAAGAUAGAUCUAGGGUUUUCAACUAUAGGAGCUAUAGCUUCUGAAUUUAAACCCAUAACUGAAUUUGAGGGGAAAAUGGCUGCACUUGUUCAUCAUCACAAAGUUAUUGAAGUUCAUAAUAACGAUGGUGUUAGUCUUCUUGAUUUGGACGACAAGGUUACUAUAGAAGAUAAGAAGGAUAUGCAAAACCGGGCUGCUAAAUUGCGGAGCCAAAACCAGGCUGCUAAAUUGCAGAGCCUUCUUUUUCUUCAUGAAAUGAAGGCAAAGCGUGUUAAAAAGAUAAAGUCCAAAACAUAUCGUUUGUUAAAGAAAAAUAGAUUGAAAGCAAAGUCUUCUCAAUUGGAAAUGGAUCCGGAAGCUGCUAAUGAAUAUGCCAUGAAACAAGAAUGCCAGAGGGCGGAGGAACGCAUGACUCUGAGACACAAACAAAAAAGUCCAUGGCUUCAGCGUAAAAUGCAACGUGGUUUAGAUAAGCAGGACAUAGGAACUUGUGCUGCCGUGAAUGAACAUUUUCAAAGACACGAGGAACUGAUUAGAAAAAUGUAUAACAUGGACAGUAGCAGCAGUGAUGAUAGCACUUAUGAAGAGGAUAAUGAGAAUACCGCUGAUUCUGAUCUGGAUAAGGCAAACAAUAUUUUGCGAAAAGCAAAACAAAAGACGGUAGAAGUGCUGGAGGAAGAUGAUAAAAUGCCUAACUCGGGAUUGCCAUCCUUACCUUUUUAUGAUGCGUGGAUUGGAGAAAAGAAAAGAAGCAACUAUUAAAGAAGUCAACCUUACUGUACAAGAAUACGAAGAUUCCAUGAAGAAGCUGGAGGAUUCUGGCGGCUCAGAAGAUUCAAAAGUAGCAUCCACCAGUGGCAGAAGAGUAUUUGGAAUGGCUAAAGCCCAAACAAUUGAUGAUGAUAAUAAGGUGGAAUUACAGAAGUUUUGCAAUAACAGUGGUAGCAAGGAUGACUUUGAGGCCAAGAAAAGUUGCAACAUUGAGAAUGAGGGAAGUGAUCAUCUGCAGAAGGAUGUCGUCGAUGAUUCAUUCUUAAAUAAAGAGAAUAAUGAUACUCGCAAAGAAUCUGUUUUUAAUGUGAUUAAUUUCCUCUUUUCUUGGACUUCUCAGAUGUUUGUUUUACUUUAUGGGUAUAUAACGCAUUUUAUGCAUUUCUUGAAAUUUGAUCGCAGAACUUUGACGAGAUUGUAAAAAAUCUUGGGCCAAAAACUACAUAUGAAGUUUCCAUAUUUGCCUCAGAUACAUGGAAAAAGGUA